ACUUAAAUAGGAGAGAUUUUGGAGGGAGAAACGUGGAUGGAUAUGGAAUAGACGAUUUUGAUUCAAAAGAAGAUAAAAAAUUGAACAAGAAUUGUACAAUUCCUUGCAUUGGAGGCUCAACCAAACUCUUCCUUUUCUUCUUUGUUCAUUUAAAUAAAAAAAGUUAAAAAAAAAUCAGCCAGAUUCGCAAGACCAUGCUCUCGCGGUCGCCAUGGCAUUUUCCUCUCUUUAUCUCUGCUUCUACAAGUACAAGGGAGGUGCUUGGAAGUUUUUUGACAGGCAGUUGUUGUUAUAUACUUCAAUCAAGUGGCAAUUUUCAACAAUCAGUUAGCCAAGGAAGAAGGGUCAUAUCCUCUCAUGUCUCUGUAAAGUUUGUACAGACAUCAUGCCACAUAUCUGUCCCUCGGGUGUCAGUAGGAAGAGAGACACAAGUGCCUUCAAAAUUUUUGAAAGACAGGAAGAUGGUUCCCAACGCAGAUCCUCCUAGUAUUGAAGAUGUCAGUCGCUUGUAUCAACUCUUCGAUCAAAGCACCAAGCUUGUGGUAUUGACUGGAGCUGGAAUCAGCACCGAAUGUGGGAUUCCUGAUUAUAGAAGUCCAAAUGGAGCUUAUAGUUCUGGUUUCAAGCCAAUUACCCAUCAGGAGUUUGUACGUUCCAGUCGUGCCCGCAGGAGGUAUUGGGCAAGGAGCUAUGCUGGAUGGAGGCGGUUUACUGCAGCAAAACCUGGUGCUGCUCAUGUUGCUUUGGCAUCUCUAGAGAAAGCUGGCCGAAUAAAUUUUAUGAUAACACAGAAUGUUGACAGGCUGCAUCAUCGUGCUGGGAGCAACCCACUUGAAUUGCACGGAACUGUUUAUAGUGUGAUUUGUUUAGAUUGUGGUUUUUCCUUUUGUCGAAAUUUAUUUCAAGAUGAAGUGAAGGCCCUUAAUCCAAAGUGGGCAGCAGCAAUUGAAAGCUUGGACCAUGGCAGCCCUGGAUCAGAUAAGAGCUUUGGCAUGAAGCAAAGGCCUGAUGGAGACAUUGAGAUUGAUGAGAAAUUCUGGGAGGAGGAUUUCCACAUUCCAACUUGCCAGAGAUGCAAGGGGACCCUGAAACCUGAUGUUGUAUUCUUUGGAGACAAUGUGCCCAAGGAAAGAGCUGAUAAGGCCAUGGAAGUUUCAAGAGAAUGUGAUGGUUUCCUUGUACUAGGAUCAUCUUUGAUGACCAUGUCUGCUUACCGGCUUGUCAGGGCUGCUCACAAGGCAGGUGCUACCACUGCAAUCGUGAAUAUCGGUACAACACGUGCUGAUGAUAUUGUAUCCUUGAAACUGAAUGCACGACUGGGCGAGAUUUUGCCACGAGUGCUCAACACUGGCUCCCUCGGUAUCCCUGCCCUUGAGUAAAAUGAUUAGGGAAGGAUUGAGGCACACUUUUAAGCUUAACAAACUCGAAGAUGGAAGGGUUGAAAAAUUGGGGUGGCAAAUAAGUGGAAUAGCAUGCUUCUUCAUUGCCAGUGUGCUACAUAGAAAUGUGUCAAAUUAUGCAUACAGCAGUGUUACUGUGUUAGUGUUAGAAGAAGUAUCCAUCAAACAAUGAAGAAUAUAACUUUUGCUGGCUGCAGGAUUGCUGGUGUCCAUUGGGGGAACCAUUGACUUCUUUUGGUUAGCACUUCCACAAGCAAAAAGACAUUUAAUUAUUUGUUUAUUUUAACUUAUUAUUAUGAUAUGUGUUUAAUUCUUUGCUCACACUUGUUAGUUAAAAAAAAAAAACACAAAAAACGGGAACAGCCUUCACCAAGAAACCUUGAUCGUACUUUGCACAUAUGAAUGAUUUAUGGAUCUGCUCUAUGGUUGUCAUU